CUUUUAUACCUCGAAAACGAAAACAGCGUGUCCCAUUUUUCCCAUUUGUCCCUCUCGCACGUCUCACGUUGACGUUAUUGAAGUUAACCCUUUUUCUCCUAAAACCCACACAACGCACCUCUCUGUAUAUCUCACUCCACAAACAAACAACCCUUAUUUGCUCUAUUUCUACAAUUAUAUUUUGCUUCAAUUUACUGCUGUUACACUUGUUUGAUCUUCUUCUGAUUCGAUGUCGGCUAGAACAGUGAAAGUGAGCAAUGUCUCUCUGGGUGCGUUGGAGCAAGAUAUCAAGGAGUUUUUCUCAUUCUCUGGGGAUAUUGAAUAUGUUGAAAUGAUGAGUGAGAAUGAGCGAUCUCAAACUGCAUAUGUCACAUUCAAGGAUCCCCAGGGUGCAGAAACUGCAGUUCUUCUUUCUGGAGCAACAAUUAUUGAUCAGUCUGUUACAAUAGCCCUCGAACCUGACUACGAGCUGCCUCCUUCAGCUCCACUGCCAAUCAAGGCAACCGAGAGUGCUAAUUCGGCUGUUGGUGGAUCUGCCAUUCAAAAGGCAGAAGAUGUUGUGAGCAGCAUGUUGGCAAAGGGCUUCAUCUUGGGCAAGGAUGCAGUUAACAAAGCCAAGGCAUUUGAUGAGAAACACCAGUUCACAUCUACUGCCUCAGCAAAAGUUGCUUCUUUAGACCAAAAAAUUGGCCUUAGUGAGAAACUUAAUUUGGGAGCAACAAUUGUGAAUGACAAAGUGAAAGAAAUGGACCAGAAGUUCCAAGUUACUGAAAAGACAAAAUCAGCUUUUGCAGCUGCCGAGCAGACAGUUAGCACUGCUGGAUCUGCCAUCAUGAAGAACAGAUAUAUUUUGACUGGGGCAUCUUGGGUUACUGGUGCUUUCAAUAAGGUCACCAAGGCUGCUGGGGAAGUUGGCCAGAAAACGAAGGAAAAGAUGGCAGAAGAAGAACAUGCAAAAAACUCAGCUGAAGGUUAUGUGCCUAUACAUGCUUUUACAGAGUCCCCAAAAGCCUCCAAGACUGAGGAACCUACCAAGCCAUCUUCACCUAAGGGCUUAAUCCUCUAGCUUUAUGCAAAACAAAUUUCAUUAAACUAUUUCGCUAUUUCGCUUGUCUGAUCUUUUAGCUGGUCAUUGCGUUAUGGUUAGAUACUUAGAUAUGCUAGUUAUAACUCUUAAGUAAAACAUCCUGUAAGGUUUUGAUGCAUAGAACAAUAGUUGCUGGACCGGUGAAUUCCUGUCAAAGUCACCUCUUUGUCAAACAUUUGCUAUUUGAUUGGUUAUUUGGCUUUUGGAAGUAGGCAGCUA